AUGGUCUCCAAGCUCUCUGCCCUUCUUGCCAUUGCGGCUACUCUGCCCACGGCUUUCGCUCACUACAACUUCGAGUCCCUCAUCGUCAACGGCGCGCCUAGCGGAGGCUUAUGA